CUCGCGCCAGUACGGACCGCGCCGCCGAAGGCUCUACUUCCUUUUGGAAGUCGGUUAAAUAUUGUUCGUGUGCUGAGCCCCGAUGGAUUUCAUAGUGGUAGUGGUGGGGCUGCUGCUCCGUAUACUGGAUGGUCUCCUGGCACCGUACUACUGGCUGCGCACGCGCCGACACCGCCAGGUGCCGCCGCUACAAGACGCGAGGCUGCGACUCAGUGUCGCGGAGAUUGUAGAGAGGAUACGGAGCGGAGAGCUGUCAAGUGAAGACAUAACAUCCGCGUACAUAGCGCGGAUACAAGAAGUGAACCCCUACAUCAAUGCGGUGGUAGAAGAUAGAUUCACUGCCGCCCUAGCAGAAGCGAAGCUGGUGGACAUUCGUCUAGAAGAAGCGAGAAGGAACGGGAAGAUAGAAGAUGCGUUUAAGACAAAACCGUUGUUGGGUGUACCCUUUACGGUGAAAGAGAGUUGUCAGCUUACUGGCCUCUCCAACUCAGUAGGGUGCCUGGAGCACGCGGGCCGCAAAGCCGCCACUGACGGCGGGGCCGUAGCUAACGUGCGGGCGGCGGGGGGCAUCCCGCUACUGGUGUCCAACACUCCAGAGUUGUGUCUGGGAUGGGAGACAACUAAUCGAAUGACCGGGACUACGAGAAAUCCUUACUGCUUGGCCAGGUCGGCCGGGGGGUCUUCGGGAGGCGAGGCGGCGCUAAUAUCGAGCGGGGCCAGUCCGUUCGGCGUGGCGUCGGACAUCGCGGGCUCGGUGCGGCUGCCCGCCGCCUACUGCGGACUGUACGGACACAAACCAACGCCCGGUAUAAUACCAAUAGCGGGUCACAUACCGACGCUCCAAGACGCCAAGUAUAGCGAGUUCCUGACCGUCGGGCCGAUUGCUCGUCACGCGGCCGACCUGCCGCGCCUGCUGGACGUCAUGGCCGGACCCAACGCGAAACUACUGAGGCUGGACGAGCCGGUCGAUCUAAGGAAGGUUAAGGUGUACUACAUGACGGAAGCUACCAAGUCUAUAGGUCUGAUAGAUGUGGACAAGCGGCUCAAGCAACUCGUCGUCAGCGCCGCCAGAUACCUGCGUGACUGCGGCUGUGAGCUUAGCGAAGAGAAAUUCACGGAGUUUGACCACGUUCUGGAGAUGUCCGUGUCGGAGUUCUUCUCUAUGAAGGACAUACCCAACAUGCUGCUCGACCCCAACGAUCCUAAGGUGGAGCGCAAUCUCUUCGCGGAAGCGGCGCGUGUGGCUUGCGGCGGCGGCGCGCGGUCAGUCCAGGCGCUGCUGUUCACAGUCGCGGCGCGCUCGCAGCUGUUCCUGACACACGCCGCGCGCGCACGACACAGAGACAACCUGGACAAGCUCAGACGGAAGCUGGAGACGGCGCUAAGCAAUGGCGUGCUGCUGCUGCCGGCGUCUAUCACGACCGCACCGGCGCUGGGGCGACACACCAGGGCCGGCGGCGCCACUUAUACCAUGCUCGCCAACGUGCUGCGGUUGCCCGCCACCGCCGCCCCCGCCGCCUCCCCGCCGCCCGCGCCGCACACGCCCGCCGCGCUGCAGAUAAUAUCAGCGCAAUAUCAGGACAGGCUGUGUAUAGCGGUGGCGCGGGAACUGGAGAAGCGGUUUGGGGGCUGGUCGCCGCCGCACUGAGCGUUACCCACCACUCUUUUGGAUGCAUUUACUUUUUAUACCACUAUACUUUGUUCAGAUUCUAAUUGAUCUAAAUACGUGAACUAUAAACAGAGGUAAAUACAAUAUAUAAAAAAUGAAAGAUGGAAAUAUAUGGAAGAGUUACUGAGUCAAAUAUUUUGUCAUUUACUUGUCGCGUUGUUUCAGUGUAGAGUGACGCUUGUUUUGCAUGCAAAAAAUUACUUUUUCUUAAACGAUUUAUUGUUAAAUGAUGAUGGGCAAUAAUGUAUGGGCCCUGGUAUAGGGCUCAAACACAAUUUAUUGUAUAUUAUUUGGAAGGUGGCUAUAUCCAUGUACAUUACUGACCAAUAGGGCGCUUGUCAAGAUUUGUUGUCCGUUUUGAGUAAAGGAACGUUAAAAGUGACAUCAGCGCUUGUACAUUUCAUGCUGAUAACAUCACUUUACAUUAUAACAUUAUAGUUUUUAGGGUUCCGUAGUCAAC